AUGCAAACUGAUGAAUCAUGCGAUGUCACUGAUACGGCACAGUUAAUUAUUUUUGUACGCUACCUGGACAAAACGGGAGAAACUUUUGUUGAGGAGAUAUUGGCUCUUUUGUCGCUCUUAGGAAGAACCCGAGGAGAAGACAUGAUCAAACCAGUGAUGGAUUAUUUUGAAAAAGAUGAGUUAGACUUGAAGAAGCUCUUAUCGGUAACUACUGACGGUGCGCCAGCUAUGGUUGGGAGUAAAAAAGGACUAGUUCACCUGUUGAGAAGCAAUGAGAGAUGUAACGAAAAUUUGAUUUCCUACCAUUGUAUUAUUCAUCAAACUGUGCUUUACUGCAAACUCAAUCAUAAUUUUGAGCGUAUUAUGCAAGAAGUGAUGAAAAUAGUAAAUUUUCUUCGUGCUAAAUCAUCAUUGCAACACCGUGAAUUGAAAUCAUUUCUUGAAGAAGUUGAGGCACAAUAUGACGAUCUACUGUUGCAUAAUAAUGUGAGAUGGUUAAGUAAAGGUUGCGUUUUAGAAAGAUUCUUCAGCAUUUUAGAACACUUGAAGACAUAUCUUUUUAACAGUGAUCAGACUUCAGCAAACGCUUACUUAAGUUUUCUAAACGAAAAAGAAAAUGUUGCUGUCAUUGCUUUCUUAACUGAUACUUUUAAACAUAUCAAUGACCUGAACCUUAAACUUUAA